CCUGCUUUGUCGGGUGUGUGUGAGGAAUUCCCGAUGUGGACAGACUAGGACUCUGGAGAAGAGAGUUCGAAUCCCCACUUGGCCGUGGAAACUCACAGGGGAGGUCGAACUGGUAAAACCUUCUCCUUAAAUAUGUGACUUUCCUUGAAAGCCCUAUUAGGGUGGCAAAUCGGUUCCGACUUGACAGCACAGAACACAAGGCAGAAACACGGCGGACAAACAAACCAUGCUAUCUGCUUACGCUUUCCAGUCGGGCGCGGGAAGUGGACACCUUCGUAGGGGCCUUCGGCCGUUGAGGAAAAGGCCGCUCUGUCUUUGAGUGUGUCUGUCUCUCUGUGUGUGUGUUGAGAGCACCACAUAAACACAACUUUUAAAACUGGAAGCACUACUAUGUGGAAAAAUAUGCAAGUCUCUCCAUGUUGCCUUGGGGCCUUAUGUGGAGAAAGUCUCAUUCUGAGAUGUUAACAGCAGGAAAUGAACAUGCUUCUUCAGAUGGACAUCCUUCCAUUUUGGAUAUUUGUGUGUUUGUGCAUGGCAGAGUACAUUAGUAAGUUGCAAUUUAUCUCAGUGCCCCCAUCCCAUGAAACCAGUUGAUGCACAGAACACAUGUCCUGAGGUUAUGCAACAACUUUUAAAGGAUGGCUUUCACAGAGAUCUCCUAAUUAAGGUAAAUCUUGGUACAGCUGUUGAAGCUGUAGGAAGCUGCACAGUGGCAAUUAAAGUACACCUUCCAAAAGGACUAUAUGUGGAUCCCUAUGAACUUACCUCUUUGCAAAAGCACAAUCUCACUGAGGCAUUGGUGAUUACAGAUAAUGUGGAUUUGGAAGUUCCUGAAUACUUAGGCACUGACAUUUCUGUCCUUGUUUACAUGAAACCUGAUCCUGAAUGCCUUUCCUGUUUUCAAGCAUUAUUACCUCUACACUGUCGGUACCACCGACCAGUAAAGAAUGAUGGAAAAAUCUCUGCUUUACUGGAGAGUCCAGAAGUAUUGAUCAGUUGUCAGAAAUCCUUCCUGUUUAUAGAAUGUUUGAAAGAAACAGCAGUAGAAGCCCCAUGUUCCCUGGAAAGUCUAAAGAUGUGCCACUGGGACAAAAUAAACUUCAAAACUGAAAACAAGGAAUUAAAACUGCAGAUACCAGUUGGUUUCAGCGAUCAUCUCACAAUGGUGUGCACCAUAACUCUUCUUGCCACAGUAUUGUGUUCCAGCAUUGUUCUGUUAGCUUUAUUCAAGCAUGGAGAUUUUUCCUUUGUUCAGAGCUCUCCGUGAAAUCAAACAAGACUUUGUUAUUGAAUCAUCAGGGAUAAGUUGUUAGACUGUCUAAAUGCAGCAGACAAACCUGGGACAGGAACAGAAGAACAGGCUUAUAGUUGUCUUACAAAUCAGGAGUAGGCCUAACAUCUAUUUUUUGACUAUAUCCUUCCAAGUUUCCUUUGCUGUAUAGCUUCUAAUUCAUUUUACCCUGAGAAUUUUAUAAAAGUCUUCUGAAGAGGCAAAUCCAGUAUCAGAUACCUGUUUAUCUCCGAAGCUUUCAUGUAAUUUAAUUCUGUGAUAAUGAUACCUGCCUGCUUAUAAGCAGUUCUGAUAUCACUAGGAAUGGGUGAAUGUUUUAAAAUAUAAUCUACUUCUUAUUCUAUGACGGUUCAGAAAUAGAACUCAAAGAGACAAAACUGAAUUCUAAGUAGUAAUAUCACUUCAGGAUGAAGUUUUAAGUGGUAGACUGGAUAAAUACAGUGCUCAGAGGAGAUAACAGAACUGGCAGAAUUAUUCCAAAACCUUGAAAACACUGAAUGUAAAUCUUUAGUGAUGAAAACAGGAGGAAAUUCAGAGAGGAAAUUGCUUGAUUAAUGGAAAAACUGAGCAGUUUCUAAAGUUUCCUUAAAUUUUCUAUUGUCAACAAGUAAUAAAGAUCACUACGGAGCAUGAAGUGGCUGCUAAAAAAAAAAAUCAAAUCCCAAGGGAAAGGUCAUGUUUUUAAUUGAAAGAGUAUUGAAUACAGUACUUAUUUCCAAAUAGAAGUAGAAAUUGUUCUGCUUUUCCCCUCAUAUUCUGCUUUUAUAAUAUACAAUAUCUGUUAAUGGUCUGAAGGCAUAUAGUUGGUUAUUUCUUACUUUUACUUUUAUUAUUCACUUCAAAUUAUAUAUUUUUUUCUCUGAGUCUCCAUUAAAGCUUCAGGAAAAGCUUGUUUUGUGGCAUCUUUCUCUACUGGCUGAUGAUUUGUUCUGGUACACUGGUCUUUUGUUCUUCCGUUGGGAAGAACUGAGGGAUGAUAGCUGAAGUAAUACUAAUUUCUCUAUGAAAAUUGCUCUGCAUCUGUUUAGGGAGAAGGGAGCCAUUAAAGAAAACAAUUGCACAUGGGCUAUUUUUGGUAACUCCAUUAUCUGUAUAUGAGCAGCUGUGGCACAUAAUGUGAGGUCAGCUGUAAAUCUGUUUUUUUAAUCAAAAGAGAAACCAGAAUUGUGGCAUCUUUAAGAUUAGCUAAUUUUUAUUUUGCAUAAACUCUUCAGAUAUAUGUUUUAAUUUUGUUCUUAGUUCCUUUUGAUUUAAUGUUGAUGUGACAUAGUUGUAUGCUAUUUUUAUAGUUAUACCUACUGAACUUUAUGUUGGAAGCUGGCCUAUGUAAUUCCAUCAUAAAAAAUUUCAUGUCUAAAUGUUUUUGUAUCUGGUUAGAUAACUUUAAAUGCAAUGCUUACAUAGCAAUUUUGAAAUGUAAGUCAGGAUUACUUCAUUUGGAUAUGAUGAUGAAUGGAAUGGAAGUUCUGUCAUUUAAUUUGACAAAUAAUUAGAAUUCAUGGAAAGAGUAAGGAGGCAUGGGUAGAAGAGUUGCUCUGCCCUGCAAAAAAGAAAAGAAAAAAGCUUUCCACAAGUAAUGCAUGCUAUUAAAUUUUUUAAAAAUCACAAAGAAUAUAUAAGGAUUAACACAUGCUAGAGUUGUUUCAAUUACUGCUGCUAAAAGAGGUAAUGAGUACUGUUCUUCGUAAGACAUUUGACAUGGUAUGUGUGUUUCUUACACAAAUAAAAUUUUCAGAUAUAUGUUUACAGUAAUGUAAAAAAAAGGACAAUUAUAUCUCACUUGCUCGUACUUUGAAUUCAUAGCAAGAAAAGCACUUACGUAUCACUUAGACAUAAAAAUAUUUUCUUACACAAAAGAACUUCUAUCAUAGAGAUCUAGAGUCAGAAGCUUUAAUGGGUGAUUACAGGCUAGUCACUAUCUCUUAGCCCUUACUAGGUUACUGUGAAUAAAAAAAAAAGAUGAGAGAGAAUCCUAGAGGGAAGUGACUAUAAAUGUAAUAAAUGUAUUAAAAUGCCAAAGAAUACAUAUUUACAGAAUCCAAGAAUAUUAACAAGCUGAAAGUUGUUGGAAAUGAAUUGAUUUUUCUAUUGUGACCAGGCAGAUCUUUCUCUCCUUUCUCGGACUACAGAAAUAAAGGUAACAAAAGCACAGUGUACGCCAGAGGACUGUUGCCCUCCAGCAGUUGUUAGACUGCUGUUAGAUAGUAAUUGCUAUCAGCCCUAGCCAUUAUAUUCAAGGACAAGAGAUGGCAGCUACAGUUAAUGCCACCUGGAGAGUGACACCUUUUAGUACAGCAUUUCUUGAAGCUUGGCGGAAUGUUUAAAGGGGCUAUAUAGAGCUUCUUAAUGGCUGUUUUUGUACUGUGAUUAUACUGUUACUGAACUUAAUAAAAAAGGGAACAUGG